AUGUGUAUUCGAAUACCGCGCUGUGGACGACAGAAUUCUGAGAGGCGUUGGUUUGGUAAAGCCUACGAAUCGACUGCCACCCCAAGAAUGCAAACUUUGGAGAAAGUGUCACUGGACGUAAACAAUUCUGAAAAGGUACAACCUUUCGAGUACCUGAUUCUGCUGACCAUCUUUGCAAAUUGUGUUGCCUUGGCUGUGUAUACUCCUUACCCCAACAGCGAUUCCAAUACAACCAAUCUAUACCUGGAAAAAAUUGAGAAUGUGUUUUUAGCAAUCUUUACGAUUGAGUGUGCUAUGAAAAUUGUAGCGUAUGGUUUGGUAUUACAUCCUGGGGCAUAUCUCCGCAACGGAUGGAAUUUGCUAGAUUUUACUAUUGUAGUUAUAGGAAUAAUAAGCACAGCACUGUCCAAUUUAAUGAAAGAUGGCUUCGAUGUGAAAGCAUUGCGUGCAUUCCGAGUGUUAAGGCCUCUUCGCUUGGUAUCGGGAGUACCAAGUCUACAGGUCGUAUUGAACUCAAUCCUCCGUGCCAUGGUGCCUUUAUUACACAUAGCUCUCCUGGUUCUGUUUGUUAUCAUUAUUUAUGCAAUCAUAGGUCUGGAAUUAUUCUCAGGAAAAUUGCACAACACAUGUUAUGAUAACACAACAGACAAAAUGAUGGAUGAUCCACAUCCAUGCGGCAAGGCUGGUGAGAGUGGCUUCCAGUGUAGUACACUCGUACCACCAAUGGUUUGUAAAGAAUUCAGUUGGGACGGCCCUAAUCAUGGAAUCACCAACUUCGAUAAUUUUGGCCUUGCUAUGCUCACUGUGUUCCAGUGUGUGACACUGGAAGGAUGGACUGACGUUCUGUAUGAUAUCGAAGAUGCAAUGGGAAACAGUUGGCAGUGGAUAUAUUUUAUUUCAAUGGUUAUUCUUGGAGCAUUUUUUGUCAUGAACCUAAUUCUCGGUGUCCUCAGCGGAGAGUUUUCCAAAGAGAGAGAGAAAGCCAAAGCCCGAGGAGACUUUCACAAGCUACGAGAAAAACAACAAAUUGAGGAAGAUCUCAGAGGAUACCUAGAUUGGAUUACACAAGCGGAAGACAUUGAACCAGAGGGGGAGGACAUGAGAAACCAAGAAACUAAAUCAAAAGAAGCAAAUGAAGCAGGAGCAGUAGACAACCCAGAAGGAGAGGAAGGAGAAGUAGAACAAGAAUCAUGGUGGAGGAAAAAGAAGAAAGAAUUUGACAGGGUUAAUAGACGUUUAAGACGAGGCUGCAGGAAAGCAGUAAAAUCUCAAGUGUUUUACUGGCUUAUUAUUGUGCUUGUGUUCCUUAAUACAGUAGUUUUGGCCACAGAACAUUAUCACCAACCUCCGUGGCUUGAUGAUUUUCAAGACUGGACUAAUUUAUUCUUUGUAGCCCUUUUCUCUAUGGAAAUGUUAGUAAAAAUGUACAGUUUAGGAUUUCAGGGUUAUUUUGUUUCUCUUUUCAACCGUUUUGACUGCUUCGUUGUAAUUGGAAGUAUUGGUGAGAUUGUCUUGACGCACACUAAAGUUAUGCCUCCUCUUGGAGUGUCAGUGCUACGGUGUGUUCGACUGCUACGAGUGUUCAAGGUGACCAAGUACUGGAGAUCACUGUCAAAUCUUGUCGCAUCUCUGCUGAAUUCCAUUCAAUCCAUUGCAUCUCUCUUGUUACUGUUGUUUCUCUUCAUUGUAAUUUUUGCAUUACUUGGAAUGCAAGUUUUUGGUGGAAAAUUUGAUUUUGCUGGAACUCAAGAUAAAACCCGAAGCAAUUUUGAUAGCUUUUGGCAAAGUUUACUCACAGUGUUCCAGAUCCUCACAGGUGAAGAUUGGAAUGUUGUAAUGUAUGAUGGAAUACAGGCAUACGGUGGUGUUGCUAGUAUUGGCAUAUUGGCAUGCAUAUACUUCAUUAUUCUCUUCAUAUGUGGUAAUUAUAUCCUUCUAAAUGUCUUCUUGGCUAUCGCUGUGGAUAACUUAGCUGAUGCAGAAUCUUUAACGGCCAUUGAAAAGGAAGCUGAAGAAGAGGCGGAGAAACAACAAAAAUCUCAUAGUGCUUCACCAGCAAGAGAAGAAGCAGGUGAGGGAGAAGAACCAGAAGAGCCAACAGAAGAGGAAAACAGAGAAGAUAUUGAGAUCUCAGAAAAAGACGAAGAAGUAGGCAGUCAUACAAGAGUUCGUCUUGAAGUUGGUGAAAGUGAAGAAUAUGGAUACGAUGAACAGACUGACAAUCCAGAUGAAGGAAAUAAUGAAGAUGAAGAUCAUGACAUGCCAGCAACAGCAAGACCAAGAAGAAUGUCAGAGUUGAGCAUCAAAACAACUAUUCGUCCCCUCCCUCAAGGAAGUGCCUUCUUUAUCUUUUCCCACACCAACAGAUUCAGAAUAUUCUGUCAUUGGUUCUGCAAUCACAGUUACUUUGGAAAUGUAAUUUUAGUAUGCAUUAUGAUUUCUUCUGCCAUGCUGGCAGCUGAAGAUCCUCUUAGGAGUCAUACUCCUAGAAAUGAAAUUCUUGGUUACUUUGAUAUGUUCUUCACUACUGUGUUCACAAUUGAGAUUUGCUUCAAAAUGAUUUCCUAUGGCUUUGUUCUUCACGAAGGUGCCUUCUGCCGCUCAGCGUUCAAUCUCCUUGAUUUGCUGGUGGUCUGCGUGUCAGUCACUGCAAUGUUUGUUCAGUCAAAUGCUAUUUCUGUAGUCAAAAUUCUGAGAGUCUGUAGGGUGCUGAGACCUCUAAGAGCUAUCAACAGAGCAAAAGGACUUAAGUACGUAGUGAAAUGCGUGAUAGUAGCCAUUAAGACGAUCGGCAAUAUCAUGCUGGUAACCUACCUCCUGCAGUUCAUGUUUGCUGUCAUUGGAGUGCAGCUGUUCAAGGGAAAAUUCUUCAUGUGUUCAGACGGAUCAAAAAUGACUCGAGAAGAAUGUCAGGGUACGUACUUAGUUUUUGAAGAAGGUGAUAUAAAUCAACCCUCAGUGAAACAUCGAGAAUGGACACGCAACAAGUUUCAUUUUGAUGAUGUAGCAAAAGCAAUGCUCACUCUUUUCACAGUGUCUACAUUUGAAGGCUGGCCAGGGCUAUUAUAUGUGUCUAUUGAUUCCAAUAUGGAAGACUACGGACCAAUACACAACUUUCGCCCAAUUGUGGCUGCCUAUUAUAUUAUAUACAUCAUUAUCAUUGCAUUUUUCAUGGUCAACAUUUUCGUAGGUUUUGUUAUCGUCACUUUUCAGAAUGAAGGUGAACAAGAGUAUAAAAACUGUGAAUUGGACAAGAAUCAGAGAAAUUGUAUAGAAUUUGCGUUAAAAGCAAAGCCUGUUCGCAGAUACAUUCCUAAACACAGACUUCAGUAUAAAGUUUGGUGGUUUGUAACUUCACAACCAUUUGAAUAUACAAUAUUUAUACUUAUUAUGGUAAAUACAAUUACAUUGGCUAUGAAAUUUCACAACCAGCCAAAAGCUUACACUGAUGUAUUAGAUGCCUUAAACAUCAUUUUCACAUCAGUUUUUGCGAUGGAAUUUGUUUUCAAACUUGCAGCAUUUCGAUUUAAGAAUUAUUUUGGUGAUGCAUGGAAUGUUUUUGAUUUCAUCAUUGUAUUGGGAAGUUUCAUUGACAUCGUCUAUGAUGAGGUGAACCCUGGAUCAACAAUGAUAUCAAUUAACUUCUUCCGAUUAUUUAGAGUUAUGAGAUUAGUUAAAUUGCUCAGUCGAGGGGAAGGUAUACGAACUCUCCUAUGGACAUUCAUUAAGUCUUUCCAAGCUCUACCUUAUGUUGCUCUUCUUAUUGUUAUGCUUUUCUUCAUUUAUGCUGUUAUUGGAAUGCAGCUCUUUGGAAAAAUUGCUCUAGAUGAAGAAACAGCAAUACACCGUAAUAAUAAUUUCCAAACUUUUCCACAAGCAGUGCUUGUACUCUUCCGUUCAGCAACAGGAGAGGCAUGGCAAGAAAUUAUGUUGGCAUGUGCAGCUAUUGAUAACGUGAAAUGUGACAAAAAAUCUGAUGAAGAUCCUGCCAAUAUUUGUGGUUCAGAUAUUGCCUACAUUUACUUCAUAUCAUUUUACGUACUUUGUUCUUUUCUUAUCAUUAAUUUAUUUGUUGCUGUCAUCAUGGAUAAUUUUGAUUACCUUACAAGAGACUGGUCAAUUCUGGGCCCACAUCAUUUGGAUGAGUUCAUUCGCUUAUGGAGUGAAUAUGAUCCAGAUGCUAAAGGGCGAAUAAAGCAUUUGGAUGUAGUAACUCUAUUACGAAAGAUUUCUCCACCUUUAGGUUUUGGUAAACUCUGUCCUCACAGAGUUGCUUGUAAGAGACUUGUAUCUAUGAAUAUGCCUCUAAAUAGUGAUGGCACUGUCCUAUUUAAUGCAACAUUAUUUGCCGUUGUUCGUACAUCAUUGAGAAUAAAAACUGAAGGAAAUAUAGAUGAUGCAAAUGCAGAACUGAGAGCAGUUAUCAAGAAAAUCUGGAAACGAACAAGUCCUAAACUUCUUGAUCAAGUAGUACCACCACCAGGAGUUGAUGAUGAAGUAACAGUGGGUAAAUUUUAUGCUACAUUCCUCAUUCAAGAUUAUUUCAGACGUUUUAAAAAGAGGAAAGAGCAAGAACUGAAAGAUGGAGAUAAAGAAUCUCAUAACACUGUUACUCUUCAGGCUGGACUUCGAACUUUGCAUGAUGCAGGGCCUGAAUUAAAGAGAGCAAUUUCAGGAAAUCUUGAAGAAUUAAUUGAUGACAAUCCAGAACCAAUGCAUAGGCGUAAUCACUCUCUUUUCGGGAGUGUUUGGUCUUCCAUGCGUAGAGGACAUGGAGGCUUUCACCGAGCCCGUUCUCUUAAAGUAAACUCAACUCAGAUUAAGUUUAAUGAUUUGGUCAGAAUUGAUUACUUUCUUCCACAGAUGAAUCACUUGGAUGUACCGGGCAGAAAUCUUAGAAAGGUAUCUCCAACCAACUCAAUAGAUUAUCUGCCUUACAAUUCAAUUCAGAGAGCUGUAACAGAAGGCAUGAAUCACAUCACCAGCAUAACGAAGAGUGCUCUUGUUCCGCAUAUAACAAGUGCUAUGUCUGUGCAAGAUGUUGGUGGGCCCAAGGAAGAAGAAUCCAUUCCUCUUCGACCUCUGACUGUUUCCAAUGGUGAUCCUGAGAAGGGCUAUCGACCAUAUCAAGUGAUAGAUCUGCAGGACGAAUACAGCCCUGAGCUGACCCCCCCUACGCCACCUCCCCGGCGAGUCCCAAGAGGGGUUGGGGGGGGCUCGUUCCGUCUGGGCUGCAUGGGGCGAGAGGGACGAGACACCCGAGAAACAUCGCCCAGCUUCUCUCGCAUUGCAAGUGGAUUGAAGAUGGCUCAAGCACAGGCUAUGGCAGUGGCAAUGGCAAGCUUCGUGCCUGAUGCAGUGGUGCCAGUGCUGACACAAGUGCAUGGGCGACGCUCCCCCCUCACUCACAGGGCUUCCUUCCACGGCAGAGUGUCUCGAACAGGUGAAUCUAAUGGAAGUCUGGCUACUGAGCGUUUAUCACACUCACUUCCUGGUAGUCCAGCUGAUCGAAGACCUAACUUCCCUGAGGUGGUGGGUUCAGCUGAAAGUUUAGUUGGCAGAGUAUUAGUGGAACAAGGCCUUGGCAAAUACUGUGAUCCUGACUUUGUAAGAUACACUUCAAGAGAAAUGCAAGAAGCUCUAGAUAUGACUCAAGAAGAAAUGGACAGAGCAGCACAUCGGCUCUUACUGCAAGAACGCCAAGGACGUCCACUCUCAUUUCAAAUGACCAGUUCUGGUGGAGAUUCAGUUCAUGGGGACACAGACCCUCACUUAUAGCAGCAAGCCCCACCCUCUACUUGGCGAGACCUUCGGGUUUGCAUUAUCAAGUGCCUCAUUUACUUUUCCAAUUGGGAAAGAAUUUUGUCAACCUUGACACAAAGUGUCAUUUUUUCACAUUCAUCCCAGUUUUACUUGUUGUGGAUUGUUUCUCCAGUUGAACACAUCCAGUGAAAAACCAAGAGAGUAGCAACACAAUCAGGACUGAUCAGUGGAGAUGCAAUGAUUCUUGAAAUAUGUUCUAGAUGUUCCAUUUCAUUGUUCAAAUGUGUAGGAUUGAUGGAAAGAUUCUGCAAUACAUAUCUGAAGCUUGCAUGCCAUUUAACACAAAUACCUGGCUGGACCAGGAUAAGUGAAAUUCAUAACAUUUAAAUUUCUGUUAAUAAAAUUAAUUGUGUUUGGUGAACUAUGUUAGAAAACAAAACAUUUAUCAAUUCUCCCUUUCUUUCCCUCUUCUUUAUCUUUAUUUUAAAUGCCCCGCUUCAGAAUUGUCCAUGUUUGUUGAAGAGGUUCAGAAGGUGAUAAUCUGAGCUUAUUGUAAGAAAAUGUAAUUUUGCUUUGUUAAAUGUGUGGGGUAUUCAUCUGGUGAAAUCAGUUUGUUUAUGGUUUGAAGCAAGUUGAAUUAUCUGCAAAUCAAGAUGGCAAGAGGACAACAGUACAUCUUCAGAGCAGUGGAUUUUUUCCAGUGUUGCCAAAUACUAUUUCUUUGAUGCCAACUACAAAUACUAAAAUGAAAGUAACUACAAUGAAAUGUAGUUGUUUAUUUUCUGAGUAAUUUGGAACCCUUUUGAAGCUAAUUUUGCUACGCUGUGUUCAGUGCUGGUACAGACAAGAUCAACCAUUGCUUAGUGGGUGUUUUAUAGCUGUCUAGCCAAGGGAGUGAGUUGCCUCUAGAAAAGUGCUGAGCCACAACCAUCUAAUAAACUUCUUUUAAAAAAGAAGAAAGUAUCCUUUGUGAUAAAUGGUAAUUUCUUCAAGUAUUGAUUUGUAUAAAACUGUACAGAAAUGUUUCUACAAAAGUUUUUUGUCAUGAAAUUUGUACAGGACUGUAAACAAUUGUUCCCAAUAAAUUUUGAGCUGAAGAGAAGUGCCCACAGAUAUA